CCAAUUAGAUUUAGACUAUACCAUCUUCGCAAUCUUUCUUAAGGCGUAGAUUAAGCUUGUACUCUGUAUUACGUUAUUUAAUAAGAUUGAGCGUGCAUGGAUUCGGAUUGUAUGCGCCGUCUGCUCUAAGCAUAAAACCCUAUCCCGACGGAGCAAUUACGGCCCGGCUCAUCUGCCUCAGCAGUGGACGGCUACAUAGCACCUACAACGCACGUGUGCGAGCCCUGAGGUAGGCAAAGCAGUUUUUCAGAUGAGACUAUCCGAGUCCAACUCUUUCAUCUUCUGCAUACCAUGUCGAAUAUCAAGAACGAGGCUGUGAGAGACGACAUCUCUCAACCUGCUGUGGUUCAGAAUGGCUCUUCGAAACACUUCGAAGAUUCUCUGGAUCACGUACAGUGGAUUACAGGAUGGAGACUGUGGAUCAUUGGUAUUGGGCAAGGUCUCUGCUUGUUCAUGGUCCAGACAGAAUUAAGCAUCACAGGAACAGCAAUAAUAUCUAUCACGAAUGAUCUUGGGAACUUUGCGAUCAGCUCAUGGGUUUUUACAGCUUACCUACUCGCCUACGGAGGCUUUCCAAUUAUUCUUACCCGGCUUUCCGACAUUUUGGGCCGCAAAGUUGUCUGGCUCAGUUGCCUGGUUCUCUUCAUCAUAUUCACCGGCGCAUGUGGAGCAUCACAAACGCUAUUUCAACUCAUCAUGUUCCGUUGGAUAACAGGCAUUGGUGCAAGCGGAGUCCUUUCCAUUGCCAGCCUCUAUGGUUUCGAUUUACGCCCUCCUGAAAAAUGGGCUCAAUACUCCGCAGCUGUCAUAUCUGUGGUGACAAUAUCGUUUGCCAUUGCGCCAGUAAUCGGGGCAGCCCUAUCGAACGUCGGUCAAUGGCGGUGGGUAUUCCUGCUGAAUGUUCCGUUAGGCGUCGUAACCUUUCUCAUGCUAUCUUUCGCCGCACCUAGCAAACUCACACAGGAACCCGCCUCCAGAAGGCGCUCUGAUAUACCUGAUGGACAUUCGAAAGGGCGAACGAGUGCUCUUCGUACGCUUGACGUAAUAGGAGUCGUCACUGUUCUUGGAAGUUCGAUACUAAUCACAGCUGCCUUGCAGCAGGCCGCCAAAGGAAUACCUUUCAGGUCAGCUCAGGUGAUCGCUUUGAUAGUCGUCGGAGGGCUACUUUCCUUAGCAUUCGUGCUCUGGCAAUGGCUUCUAUCGUCCAAUAGCAGGACUGUCUCGCCGUUGCUCUCGUGGGAAAUUUUGACAAACCGGAUAUUCUUGGGUAUGCUUGUUGAUUCUUGGCUUGUCGGUGCCAUCGUUGCUGUCAGCAUUGUUCAGAUACCUCAGAGGUUCGCAGUGGUCAAUGGCUAUUCGAUUUUAGACGCGGGCGUGAGACUGCUCCCGUUCGCUGCUGUGAUGGCUGUCUCUUCGAUACUUGCGACAGUCAUCAUGACAAGAGCUAAGAUACCUGCUGUCAACAUGCUCAUCUCAAGCGGACUUCUCAUGGUGGCUGGCACGGUAGGUCUGUCCAAGUCGUCAACGUCAGGACAACUUCAAGCCCAUCAAUAUGGUUUCCAAAUCCUUACCGGUUCUGGUGUCGGCAUAAUGGUUGUCGUUCUAGGAAUCUUACCUCCGUACGUUGUAGAGAGAAAAUAUAUAGCGGUGACUUCUGGGGCUGUUACUCAGUUCAGACUGCUUGGCUCUGCGAUCGGAUUGGCCCUCGUGACGUGUGUAUCGAACCCCUAUCUAUCUAGAAACUUACAGGGGAUUUUGUCCACCGAGGAAAUCAAAGACUUCCUUGAUCGUCCUUCAACCUUGUAUGAACUAGCGCCUCAGAAGCAAGCCGCGUUACGUGAGAUCAGUGGUAAAUCUUAUAAUUUGCAGAUAACGAUCAUGAUUGGGUUUUCUGUGGCAACAGUACUUUUUAGCUUGCUACAAUGGCAAAGAAACGCUAUCGUGAUCAAAGGAUAAGGCACAAACUACACGAUUGUGAUAGGCUUAUUCUACU